AUGCUAUGGCGGAAAAAGAGACUCGAGCUAACGAAGCAAGGUUCCGCCGAGCGGCCACUGCAAGGCGUCGUGCUGUGCUUUACCUCAUUUAAGCCAGAAGAGAGGACCCGAUAUGCCGACCUCGCUGUGCAGAUGGGAGCCCAGCACAAGCUCGACCUGACCUCCGACACCACCCAUCUUAUCGUGGGAAGCACAGACACGGAGAAAUACCAAUAUGUUGCUAGGGAGAGAGAGGACAUCAAAGUGCUACGGCCGGAGUGGGUUGAAGCAGUUCGAGAACUAUGGAUUAAUGAUCUACCACUAGACCUUGAGGGUCUGACUCGUGAAUAUCGGCUGCCGACUCUUGCGGGUUUGAGGAUAUGCAUCACGGGCUUCGAAGACCUCUCCUUCCGCGCGCAACUGCAAAAGAACAUUGUGGAGAACGGAGGAGAAUACACUGGGGAUCUGACUCGGGAUGUGACCCAUCUCAUUGCGGCAAAGCCAGAGGGCAAAAAGUAUGAAUACGGAAUGCAAUGGCAGAGCAAGGUGGUCAGUCUGAAGUGGUACAAGGAUAGCCUUGAUCGGGGCAUGCAACUGGACGAGAGUCUCUAUCAUCCUACCAUUCCUGUUGACCAGCAAGGGGUUGGUGCCUGGAAUCGGCGAGUGCAACCCACUGUACAACUAGGGAAAAGAGCCCGAGAUGAUGCUCCAGCGGCUGAACCGUCCCGAAAACUCCGUCGUACUGCGAGUGCGAAGCUAGGUGGGCAAACUCAGAACCUGUGGACCGAUAUUGUAGCAGGUGCCGGAUUUGAGACGAAACAAACGGAGCGGCUUCCGCUCAAGCCAUCAGUAUCCAUGCCGGCAAUGAGACAAGCAGAACGUCUUGCUGUGACGACGUCUGAGGACGAGAAUAACACCAAAACUGUUGCUUCUGAGCCGUCUCCCACCACUGUGGGCUUUUUGUCCGGGCGAUUGUUUAUAGUGGAGUCCUUCGACCGCAAGAGAGGCGACCUUUUGCGUAAGAUUUUACUCGAGAACGGAGCCAAAGUCAUUGAAGGAGAACAUGAUCAACAUGACAGUCAAGCAGGCGAUACACUCUUAAUAGUGCCCCACGACUUUGCUCGCAAUAAGUCAGGAGCGCAACUUUUACGAACAGAUGUCGAGAUUGUAUCUGAACUCUGGCUGGAACGAUGUAUGCUGCAGAGGACGUUCAUCCCGCCUCAAGCCUACCCAUUGGGAUUGUUGGUCCAAGGCCCACGCACAAAAGACUUCUCCGGCCUUACUAUCAAUGCAACGGGAUUUGAUGCUCUCGAAACAUUACACAUCUCGAAGAUGGUGGCUUUGCUUGGCGGCAAAUAUACAGAAAUCUUUACACCUUCGGUUUCCGUGCUGCUAUGCAAGGUGGGCAAGCUCAAUCAAGCAAAGCUUGACCUGGCGCAACAUAGCGGUAUCCCCUGUGUCUCCGAGAAGUGGUUGUGGUCCACGAUGAGAAAUGGCCGAAAAGCACCAGUGGAAAGCUAUGUCAUCCAACAACAUUCUGGUAAUGCCACCGGUCCCGAUCAAAAGCGACAUUCACUCUCUCAAUACGUUGAAGUAAGCACCAUACCCAUAAACCCAGAGUCCCGGGAACGAAAGAGUCAUGGGCGAGGAAAAGUGGCUCCCAAUCGAACCGACACAGAGAGCCAUACAAGAAGUGCAAGCAAAGCAACGAAAUUUCCCAUCGAAGUGCAUGACGAGUCCGCGGAGGAGCAACCACAGGGGGCGGAUCACACAGCUGGCCCACAGGAGGACAUUGGCAUGCAAGAAGUCCCACACGCCCAAGACGAUCUUCCACUGCAGGAAUUGUCCAAUUCUUCAGGAAGAAGCGCCCGGUUGGCGCCCUCGGAGAAACAAUCUAUUCCACCCUUUGAUGGCAAUAGCAGCAUGCAAGGCACAAAAAGCGCCGAGCCAUCCAAAGCAAGAGGCAUACAAGCUAUCAAUGGGGCCAUCAGAGAUAUUCUUGAGCGCCAUACCAGGAAGAAACAGAAACCAGCAGAGUCGAAGGGCCCUGGCGACGAGCCGGUCAAGAAGAGCAGGCUCAUCGGUCGAGCUCUAAGCAACCUGUCCAAUUCAUCGGCAACAUCCGACCGCCUGAGGAACUCAAGAGCAAGCUCGGUAGAUAGCAUCAACACUGACGGGCUUGGUAGCGAACUGAUCAAAACACAUACAGAGAAUUCGACCGGCGAGGGAGUAGCGACAUCUGAACGAGGAAACUACAGCUUUACCGGCCGAGCAAAGAGCACCUUGACUGGGAUCAAGGCUCAUUCGGUGAUUCCAGAUGACCUCGACCUUGCCCACGGCAGUCACCAUACAGAGGAAGCGCCGCCCAUGACUCAAUUGGGCUACGAAGACCCGGAAGAAGCCGUCUUGUUGCGACAGAAGCUAGUCGGAUCGAGGCAAAAGAGAUCCAAACGCGACGACAACAAUGGCGAGCCCGAGGCGGAAGCAGCACCGCCGAAAGUGGAACGCAAACUUCGUGACGACGUCUUGCUCACAAGUGCUGGAUGGGGCACCGGAAGACGGACGAGGCAAAAGCAGAAAAGUCCUCCCGGGUUGAAGGAAUUUUGA